GAGAAACGAGAAAAACCCAACAAAACUAUGCCACCACAUGACAUAUUUAUACAUCCCAAAAAAACUCCUAAUUUUUAUUUUUUCCCAUAACAUGUUUUUAUUGUUUUUUUUCUUCUCAUUUCUCAUUUCUCAUUUCUCAUUUCUUUUCUAGCAAAUCUCUAAUACUAUGAGUAAUAUCCUAUGUAGAGACUUAUCUAUAUCUAUGAACCAAGAGAUUCUCACAUGAUAAACGCUGAAUUUCGUGUGACAUGUGGCGGAAUACUUGAUUAUAUUUUUCUAUUUCCACUAGUCCACCACCAUCCUCAUGCCUGAAUUGGUAGUGUCACAUCACCCCAGAUAUUUAUCUUCUCCAACCAGUCCAAAGCAUAUGUAAACUGUAACAUAUGCAACAUCUUCCUCAAAUCCCAAGUCAAAAUUCUUCCUCUUACUACACACUCCGACUUUCUCGCAUUCACCAAUAAUUCCGAAGAUAAUGCAACUGCCAUUGCAGUGGCAAGCUGCCACACUCUCAACAAUGGCGGCUUCACCAUCCUUGACUCCUACCUUUUACCCGCUUUACUCAUUUCCUGUCACCUCACGCAAGCCGGCGGCGUGUCGAUGCGUUUCCGGUGAGAAGGCGGCUGUUGCAGCGGGGCCGGCGUUUUCUGUCACGCCGAAGAAUAAAUCUGACGUUGAUUAUUUGGGGGAGAGCACUAAGGGCGACUUCAAUGUCAAUUUUGACGGUUUUGUUGGUGAAAGGCAUGUUGGUAUGGACCGUCCAAUUGAGGAGCUGGCUACAUUGGAAGCUGAUGAAGCUGAGAAGUUGCUUCGUGACUUGGGAAUGCCGGCUCCCUUUUCUGCUACACGUUCCCCUCGUGGAAUAUUUUGCACUCGUACCCUGAAUCUCCGGUCAAUUAGCGCUAUUGGAUAUGAUAUGGACUACACAUUGAUACAUUAUAACGUCAUGGCCUGGGAAGGACGAGCAUAUGAUUAUUGCAUGGAGAACUUGAGGAAUGUGGGGUUUCCUGUUGAUGGCCUUGCUUUCGAUCCGAACUUGGUUAUCAGAGGUCUUGUGAUAGAUAAAGAGAAAGGCAACCUAGUUAAGGCAGAUCGAUUUGGUUAUAUAAAGAGGGCCAUGCAUGGAACGACAAUGCUAUCGACAAAAGCCGUGAGUGAAAUAUAUGGGAGGGAACUGGUGGAUCUAAGGAAGGAGAGUAGAUGGGAGUUCCUUAAUACGCUCUUCUCUGUUUCAGAAGCAGUAGCUUAUAUGCAGCUGGUUGAUAGGCUAGAUAACGGAGCAGUUGAAGCUGAAGUUGGCACACUUGAUUAUAAGGGGCUUUACAAGGCCGUUGGAAAGGCCUUGUUCAGAGCACAUGUCGAAGGACAGCUUAAGAGUGAGAUUAUGUCAAAGCCUGAACUCUUUGUGGAGCCUGAUCCAGAGCUGCCUUUGGCUCUCCUAGAUCAAAAAGAGGCUGGUAAAAAGCUUUUGCUGAUAACCAACUCGGAUUAUCUUUAUACUGACAAAAUGAUGCGACACUCCUUCAACCGGUUUCUUCCUAAUGAUAUGGGUUGGCGAGAUCUUUUUGACAUGGUGAUAGUCUCUGCCAGGAAACCAGAGUUUUUUCAAAUGUCACACCCUAUGUAUGAAGUGGUAACUGGAGAAGGCUUAAUGCGUCCUUGUUUUAAAGCAUGUACAGGGGGUCUGUACUCAGGUGGUAGUGCCCAGAUGGUUGAAAGCUCCCUUGGUGUUCAAGGAGAUGAAAUAUUAUAUGUUGGUGACCACAUAUAUACAGAUGUAAGCCAAUCCAAAGUGCACUUGCGGUGGCGUACAGCAUUAAUUUGUCGAGAACUGGAAGAAGAGUAUACUGCUUUGAUUGGUAGCCGAUCUCAUCGAGCCUCUUUGAUAGAGCUGAUAAAUCAGAAGGAAGUUCUUGGUGAUCUUUUUAACCAACUUCGCCUUGCUCUUCAGAGGCGAAUGAAAGAUCGACCUGCUCAGACAUUUGCUGCGACCAAACUGGAUGAUCAAGAACUCACAGAAAGCAUGCAAAAACUGCUUAUUGUCAUGCAAAGAUUAGAUGAAAAGAUUGCACCGAUGUUGGAAACGGAUGGAGAACUUUUCAAUAAAAGGUGGGGUUUUAUUUCUCGCGCAGGUCUGUGGGAUAAAAGCCACUUGAUGAGGCAAAUUGAGAAAUAUGCUGAUAUUUAUACAUCUAGAGUUUCAAAUUUCCUUCAUUACACCCCGUUCAUGUAUUUCCGCUCACAGGAACAGAAUCUAGCUCAUGAUUCCUAUUCAUUCUACUGCACACACUCUGAUGAGGAAUAGAACAGCAUGUUCUCUAUGUAAUAGAAGAAUCAAUCUGACCUGACCAAGAACUUGAAACAUCCUUAAUUUAACUGGCGAACUUGAUGUGGAUAUGUAGAUGAUGUAACAUUAUUAUUUUAUAUACUACAUAACAGAUGUUCGACUAACAAACAGUCUUUAUAAACAUAUGAUUAUGUAAAGGUGGUAGAAAUGUAGAAUUUGAUUAUGGGUUCA